AUGGACAGACCGGGCUGUUCAAAAGAUUUUAAACAAUCCGAAAAAUCUGUUGUAGAAAAGUCAACAAGUAAGAAGGUACCUAAUGCUGGUGGCAAUGCAAACCAAUAUAGCGCAUCCAAUAAUCGCUCAUUGGAAUCUAAAUACUGGCAGGAAUGGGGAAGCUAUGUUUCCAAAUAUUGUGAUAACAUAUUAAGUAAAAUUGUGAAGCAUAUGCGGGAACGAUAUAGAGGUGGCAUAGAUCUAAAAUUGAGUUUACAAGAAAUUCUAACUGAAACCGAUCAACUAGAUAUUGACAAUUCUGUUAUGGAGGUAAAAACUUACUGGUUAAUGCAUAUUGGUUAA